CUUUUACGUUAUUAGGUCAAACACUAAGCUGCUGCUUCUUCUUCUUCUACAAUGACUGCAAUAGCUUUAUUAAUACUGUCAUUGCUAAAUAUUGCUAGCUCAUGCCAUGGAGGCAUCACUAGUCAUUUCGUUAGAAAAACUCAAGCUUCCAUUGACAUGCCACGUGAAGCUUUUCCUCCUCCAUCUGGCCAUAAUGCUCCUGAGCAGGUUCAUAUAACCCAAGGAGAUCAUAUAGGAAGAAGUGUAAUCAUUUCAUGGGUAACACCAGUGGAUAAAUAUCCAAACACAGUGACCUAUUGGCCUGCAGGGAAAAAGCAUAGCCACAGCCACAGCCACAGGCACAGGCACAAGGCAUCUGCAGAAACUACAUAUUACAGAUACUAUAAUUACAAUUCUGGCUACAUUCAUCAUGCCACCAUUAAGAGAUUACAGUACAACACUAAGUACUUCUAUGAGAUUGGUAGUGACGAAUCAACUCGCAGAUUUUCUUUUACUACUCCUCCUGAAGUAGGACCUGAUGUCCCAUUUACAUUUGGUAUUAUGGGUGACUUGGGGCAAACAUAUGAUUCUAAUAUAACGUUAGAACAUUAUGUGUCUAAUCCAAAAGCACAAGCUAUGUUAUUUGUUGGUGAUAUUUCUUAUGCAGAUAAUCAUCCUUUUCAUGACAAUGUCAAGUGGGACACGUGGGGCCGGUUCGCUGAAAAGAGCACUGCAUAUCAGCCUUGGAUUUGGACUGCUGGGAAUCAUGAACUUGAUUUUGCUCCUGAAAUUGAUGAAACCACUCCUUUUAAGCCAUUUAUGCAUAGGUUUCCUACACCCUACAAGGCAUCAAAUAGCAUAUCUCCCCUUUGGUAUUCCAUCAAGCGUGCUUCUGCUUACAUUAUUGUCCUCUCUUCUUACUCAGCUUAUGGAAAAUAUACUCCACAAUAUGUUUGGCUAGAGAAAGAACUCAAGAAAGUUGACAGAAAAGAGACUCCAUGGCUGAUUGUGCUGGUUCAUUCUCCAUGGUAUAAUAGCAUUAACUACCAUUACAUGGAAGGUGAGACCAUGAGAGUCAUGUUCGAGCCAUGGUUCGUCCAAAACAAAGUCGACCUUGUCUUCGCUGGUCAUGUUCAUUGUUAUGAGCGCAGUCAUAGAGUAUCAAAUAUAAGGUACAAUAUAACAAAUGGACUAAGCACACCCAUCAAAGACCCUUCAGCACCAAUAUACAUAACUAUUGGAGAUGGUGGAAACAUAGAAGGACUUGCUGAUAGUUUUACUGAACCGCAGCCUAGUUACUCUGCUUUUCGAGAGGCAAGCUUUGGACAUGCCAUUCUUGAAAUCAAGAAUAGAACUCAUGCUUAUUAUUCUUGGCAUCGUAAUCAAGAUAACGAGCCAGUUGCAGCUGAUUCACUUUGGAUUUAUAACCGGUUUUGGUAUCCUAAAGAAGAGCAAGCAUAGUUCUUCUAAUUAAUACUUGGUUUAAGAGUUCAUGUUUUUGUUAGCUCAGCAGUUAGCAGGACUAGUCAGUCGUGUUUUAGGCUCUAAAUUGCUAGUUCUAUUUUGGUUCUUGUUUCUCUUUCAUCAAUGGAAUCUACAUUUCUUCUUUCUUUUAUUUAA